CCAAAAUUCAAUGAGUUGUGUGAUACACUCAUCCCUGAAAAGUUUUCAAAGGGGAGCCGUUACUUGACCAUUAACGUAUACUUUCAUGCGCGAUUCUUUCUUGUCGGGACGUCGUCGUCGUCGAAUUAGCAAUAACGAUAGCAGAUUAUUAUACUAUACCGAAGAUGACAAUGGCGACUUUUCAUAAGAAGCACUUCCGUUCAUCGUCAAACGUAACAAUAAGCGCUGUGUUUUUCGAUUUGGACAAUACUCUCAUCGAAACUAGAAAGGGCGAUAAUCAAACAUGUCGAAAGUUGGCUGAGGAAUUAACGCAAGAAUAUGGUAUACCCGAAGACGUGUCUGUCAAGAUUACGACAACGUACUUGAAACUCUUUAGAAAAUGUCCUGACAACGUCACUCAUACUCUGGAUGUGUGGCGGAUAACGUUAUGGAGCAAAGCACUCGGAGAAAAAUAUUCGUAUCUGGCGAAGAAAGUUUACGAACGAUGGUUGUAUCUGCGAUACUAUUAUCUGAUGCUGGCAUCAGAUGUAGUUUCAAUGCUCCGACAAAUGAGGCUGAAGUACCUGCUAGGUUUGAUCACAAACGGACCUUCUAACGCUCAAUGGGAGAAAAUACGAAAACUUUCGCUGGAACAGUACUUCGACAUCAUCCUUGUGUCGGGAGACUUGGCAUGGGAAAAACCGGAGAGAGAAAUAUUUCGAAAAGCGUGUCGGUUCUUAAACGUCAAACCAGACAAAUGCAUAAUGGUUGGCGACAAAUUGGAAACAGAUAUUCUCGGUGGAGUGAAGGCAGGGCUGGGAGCUACAAUUUGGAUCCCAAUAUCGGAUAAGUCGUCCUUGUUAAGGGAUGAUCCACAGCCAGAUUUUACUAUAAGCCAUAUCACAGAUCUUCUUAGUAUUUUAAACAGAGGUCCUGAUGCCCCGGAACUAGAAGAUUCCUCGUCGAACGCGUCUGACGGCAGUUGAUAAGAAAGGACGAACAAAUUACUUUUUAUAAGCUCUCUCGGAGUAUGGUAGCUAAUAUCAAUUUGUAGCGAUCAAAUUUUCAUAUAGACGUUUUAAUCUGGGGUAAGUAAGCAGGAAUUGUUAACUGCAAGGUGACAGUUCAAAAAUAUUUAUCUUUAUUUU